AUGAGUGUCGAAUGUCUCGCGAUCUAUGGAUCAAGAAAGAAGGUGAUCGUGGUGGACGGCGAUCACAAGUUAAAAGACGUCCGGAACGCCCUGCUUCAGUCUGACUUCAGACAACUGGUGACACCGACCCUCCUGGUGCAGGUUUAUAACUCGACCUACGGAGAAUAUGUCGAUGUCAGUGACACUUAUGUCGUGAAAGCUCACGACAAGCUAAAUUUAAUUGUAGAAGAGGAGUCGCUGCAGCAACCCUGGGCAUCAUCAGCCGCUGCUCCCGUAGCCCCGGUCUCUGUCGCCAGUUCAUCCACCUUCCACGAUACGCUUCCAACAUUGAGCUACACGCUCCCAGAGCCCACACUAGAUCUCAAAGAGCUCCUGCCGAAAGUGGAGGAAGGUGAACUGUCCAAUGCGUUGCGCCAGAGGAUUAUUCGCUGGUUGCACUCUGACCUGUGCAGAUAUGCGCUGUACCCAGGGAAACGGGAUCUGAACAGUGAGGCUGCGAGGCACCUUGUCUUCAAGUACCCGAAGCUGGCCGACAAACCAGGCCUUGGCUUUGGCUCUUGGAAGGAGGCCCUCAAAAACCGGACGAAGAACCAGCGAAGGAGAAUGGUGGACGUGAAGGAGGUCGCCGACGAACGGGCAAAGCGAGCGAAAGCCUGCCUCUCCGGUGGCAGUCAAACGCCACGAGGCGCGUCUCGUCCAAGCGUCACAACAACUCUGGCACUCUACGACGUGGGGGAGGAUGAAGAGUCCAUUGCGGCACACACUGAGUAUUUGAAGAAGGAGAUGCGAAAGACUCCAGAGACCAGAAAUGAAGAGAUGAUCUCUGAUGCUAUGAAGAGGACAUAUGUUAAACGGCGUGGAUGGAUUUCGGAGAAGCCUCGCACUGUCGAAGAAGUUUUGGACUUGUACCCAGCACUGGGGGUGAAGGAAGAGGUCCUGCAGGAAUUCCUCAGGAUGACUGGAGUACACGCAGAGGACGGAGUCAGGAACUUCUUCGAGACGAAAGGGGAGAGGGUGGAAGAACUGCUGAAAGCCAAACAAGGCAAGGCCGGAACUGCCGCAGUUGAAGUCGCUUGUAAGUACUCAUCGUAUAUAAACAGAAGCUUGGUGUGCAAAGUGGCAUUUAUUUUGUGA